UUCAGUGUCAGACGAGGCCAAUCGAUUUCAAACAUCCGUAACUUGUGUUUUUGUUAUGCAGACUUCUUGAACCUAUUUUGUGUCCAUGUCCAUGACCGCUCAGGGUUUUAUUGUGCCAGUCGUCGCUGUAGUUUUCGUCAUGUUAAACCAAGUCGAGCUAAAGAGAGAGACAGGACCGGAAACGCGCAAUGUUGGCUUUCAUCGUAAAGUACACCACGACACGCUUGAAGUUACGCCUUUUAUUCUGAAACUUCAAAAAGUUGGCUGAACGUCCUCAUUUUUGUUGUGUCAUGCUUGACUGGUAGUUGCACGUAUUUUGCUACGUUGUGUUUUUCUUACUUUGUCUACUUGGAGUGGCUUGAGGCAUCUGGUAGCACACUACUAAUACUUUUACAGGCCUCUUUGUUAGCCGACACGGGUAGCAUGUUAGACGUGUGUACGGUUUUGUAGGAGUCUUUUAGAAAGUGUUGUCGUUGGGCCUGUUCGGGUUAUUUCCAUCACUGCCACUGGCGAACAAGUCCCUAAACAGAAAUGUCACUGGAGGACUAUGAAAGACACUUCGACUCGCUAAAUUCAGAUUUGGGUGGCGGGUCUGUGGUCAGUGAGCGUUUAGCGUCGGGAACAUUUAAUGGCGAAGAGGAGAAGUUGCAUUACAUUCCUAUCCGGAUCCUCGGGAGGGGGGCGUUUGGUGAAGCCACUCUGUACAGAAGAACAGAGGACAACUCUCUGGUGGUAUGGAAAGAGGUGGACCUGAACUCGCUCUCCGAAAAGGAGCGCAGAGAUGUCAUGAAUGAAAUAAGCAUCCUCUCCAUCCUAGAGCACAACAACAUUGUAGCCUACUUUAAUCACUUCAUGGAUAAAAACUCCCUGCUCAUUGAGCUUGAGUAUUGCAAUGGAGGAAAUCUGUAUGAUAAAAUCAAUCAACAGAAGGGGAAACUCUUCAGUGAGCAGGUGGUCAUAUGGUAUCUGUACCAAAUUGCCUCAGCAGUGUCUCACAUUCACAAGGCUGGGAUCUUACAUAGAGAUAUCAAAACUCUAAACAUUUUCCUGACCAAGACUGACCUCAUUAAGCUGGGCGACUAUGGACUCGCAAAGAAGCUAGACUCUGAGUUUUCAAUGGCAGAGACUUGUGUGGGAACUCCAUAUUAUAUGUCACCUGAAUUGUGCCAGGGAGCAAAGUACAACUUCAAAUCAGACAUCUGGGCAAUGGGUUGUGUUCUUUUUGAAGUGCUAACUCUUACAAGAACAUUUGAUGCAACGAACCCUCUGAAUCUCUGCGUGAAAAUAGUCCAGGGCAACUGGACCAUGGAUGUGAACUCGGAUGUUUAUUCGUCUGCAUUGAUCCAACUGGUAUACGAGUGCCUCGAUCAAGAUCCUGCAAAGAGGCCUACAACUGAGCAGAUUCUGGACCAGCCAUUCAUCUCCUGCUGUAGACAGGAGCUUGAAGAGCGUGUUGCCCUGUUAAAUUCAGCAAUAAAAAAACCAAAGCUGAGUACAGUGAGUGACACUCCAGUUGCUGUGGUGACUACACGCUCAAGGGAGGUGUACUUCUGGGGUGGAGGGAAGUUCACCCCCCAGAAAAUGGACACGUUCAAAGGAGGCAGCAGUGCUCAACAUGUGUGUGCAGGGGAGAGUCACUUUGCAGUGGUGACGGUGGAAAAGGAGCUGUAUACCUGGGCUAAUGUCCAAGGUGGAGCCAAGAUGGUGGGCCAGCUGGGGCACGGAGACCAGGCUUCAUACCGGCAGCCAAAGAAGGUGGAGAAGCUGCAGGGGAAGGCCAUCCGACAGGUGGCAUGUGGGGCUGACUUCACUGCCUGUGUUACUGAUGAGGACCAGAUGUACAUGUUUGGGUCCGACUAUUACGGCUGCAUUGGAGUGGAGGGUGAGCUCGGCGUGGAGAUUUUGGAGCCAGUGCUUUUGAAGUUUUUCGAGGAGCGGCCUGUUCGCCAAGUUUCAUGUGGAGACAACCACGUGGUGGUCCUGACUCAGAGUGGGGACAUCUAUUCCUGGGGCUGCGGAGAGUAUGGACGUCUCGGCCUGGAAUGUGAGGAUGACUUCUCUUCUCCGAUGCAAGUGGAGAUACCUAAAGGUGCCACCAUCUCCUCAGUGUCAUGUGGCAGCGAUGGAACCUUCUUUUUGACAGAAGCUGGCAAAGUCCUAGCGUGUGGAAACAAUGAAUUCAAUAAGCUUGGUCUGAACCAGGGAGUCUCUGGUCUCAAAAAUCACCCUGGAGAGGGUUACCAGGGAAUACCUUAUACCACCACGCUGACCUUGGCAAAGCAGCUGUCGCGGUUCAAGAUCCAGACCAUAUCUCCAGGAAAGACCCACACAGCUGCCAUUGAUGGCUUUGCAGAACGUGGUCGUCUGAUCACCUUUGGUUGCAACAAGUACGGACAGCAGGGUGUGAAGGACUUUAAGAAACACAUGGGUGUCCAAGUCCUUGUCGGACCCUUUGGAGGGAAGAUAGUGACCAAAGUCUCAUGUGGAGACGGCUUCACCAUUGCAGCCACUGAGGACAAUCAGAUCUUUGCAUGGGGAAACGCAGGAAAUGGGCGACUUGGGAUGCCUGCUGACAAGGGAUUUGGCUCAGAGGUUUGCCCUGCCAUGCCAAGGCCCAUCUUUGGUUCCCUCCACCAUGUACCGGACCUCUCUUGCCGUGGCUGGCAUACCAUUAUCAUAAUGGAGAAAGUGCUGAACUCCAAGACUAUUCGCUCUAACAGCAGUGGACUGUCAGUUGGAAGUGGACUGGGCCAGGAGGCAUCUACAUCAACAGUGGAUCUAGACAUAGAACCUGGUUCAGAGACAGAGUGUCGUGACAGGGGCCUUGGGGGUACACUGGAGGAUAAUACGGAGGAGUGCUUCAUGGAGACCCCAAUGAUGUCAAUGGCAAAUCAGACUGGGGACAGCUCCUGCCCUCUCUGGCUUAGAAAGGAGCUUGAAGACGCAGAGUACAUCCCGAUACCAGACUGUGAGCUACCCAUUCCUGACCAGCUCUCUUCCAUCUCAGAGAGCGUCACUCUACCUUAUGAGGAGCUGAAAGAGCUAAAAGCUGCAGCAGCAGCAGUCAGCAGUAAGAAAGGCCUAUCGACUAAACGAAUGGGCUGUAAUAAAGUCAAUGGACUGGAGGAGGGUGAUGUCUGCAAAAAAGGAGAAUUGGGUGCAUGUUGCAAAGCAAGUAAUGAAGUCACACAGCUGCGAGAGACAGUCGCUCAUCAAGACAUAAGGAUUCAGAUGCUUGAGAAGCAGGUCGAUGAGCAGCAGAAGGAGAAUGAAAGGCUCUGGGCAGCAAUCAGUCGUUUAACGCUACGGGAAGCAGGAUGUGACAAUAACGGAAACCAUCACUCUGAUCGUAUGCCCGGGGAUGGAGGAAGAAGAGGAGGCGGAUUCACAAACCAUGGGGGCCGAUCUGCUGGGGCCAGUGUUUGAGACUCAAUCUGCAGAUGUCCUGAUCGUGGGAGAAGUGUCAAAACUCAUAGCAAAUAUUGAAUUAAACAAGCUGGUUAGAUGGGAAGUGGAGGCUGGGUUAUAGGUGCAGCAGAGGGUGCAGCCUUGUGCCCAUUCACAGUGGUUACAUUACAGUAUACAUGUUUGACAGAGUGCCAAGUCACACGAUUACAUUUUAUUUCAUACGUAAUACUGUAUAAUACCUUGCAAAUGCACACUUGUGUUCACCUGAAAUGUUGGCUGGAUUCAACAUGAAGCAUCGGACCUUGACACCACAAGAGACGAUCGUCAUAGUGAGAAUAGUGUUAUUCUGCAAUGUGAAUGUUAAAUCCAUGUUUUGGUGGUAUUAUUGUUGACUACAAGUGAUGUCAGCAUUCAGACUUCAGUCCUUAGUGCCUCAGAUAAUAGCUUAUGCAAAUAGGAAACCAUUCGCUAAUACGUGCAAAGAUUGCUGUUUCCUGUUCUCAGUUGUUUAGAGAUGGGCAGCCAGUAUGUUGUGCAGUUUGACUCAUGUUAGCGCCAUCUUCCAAUGUGAAAACGUAACUUUCUUAUAUCACUUUAUUUUUAGUUAUUUUUUAUUUCAUUUGAUAUUCGUAACAAGCUAAAGUGCCAAAUACAAAAUAGCGUCUAAUACAUUUUUGCCAUAUUUAUCAGACAUGUUAGCUAUUACAAACAUAUUCAAAUUAUUAUGCAAGUAUAUGCUUUUUAAAUUUGCAUGUUUUAUUGUGUGAAACACAAAACUACUGAUUCAUUUUUGUACUACUUUUAGAUACUUUUUCUUAUUGCCUUUGACUUGGGAAUUCUUGCUGGUGCAUCACAUGUAGGUCUGUCUUCUUUAUUGUGACAUGUAUGAACACUUGAACGGUUUUCUUUAAACGUGGAAAACAUGGUCUGUAAAGCAUAUAUAAUAUAGCUGACCUUGCAGCUAUAAUGUUAUUGCAUUUUGUAACAAUUUUACCUGUCUUUGGUACUUUCUGAAAUGUUAUACCAUAUUUUGCAUCAUUUGUGAAAGCAAAUAUGUAUUUGCAUUUAGUUUUUUGUUUGAAGCCCGUUUAUUGUGUGUUAUAACAAAAACGUGCGCGUGUACAACCUUUUGUCAUAGUUAUCUUAGAAUGUGUUUACUUGUAGUCUGUGAACUGUCAGUGUCAACAGUAAAGUACAACACUGGCAGUAGUGCCUUAGCAAGCUAUUGAAACCAAAAUUAGUGCAACUAUGACAAUGCCGUGCCUAAGGUGAAUUUGUUGUUUUUUUACAGUUUAUUGACAGCGUUUAAAAUACAGUUAUUUUUCAAGCUAACCAAAUAUUGUACACACUGUUGUGCCAUGCUUUGUGUAAAAGCCCUAAAUAAAACUACCAGCUGUCUUUUGUUA